GUUAUUUAAACUACCCGAGGGUUUUACACGACUUUCUCCAUGCCCUCUCUAACGCCGACUGAGCUCUUUCUCUCCGCUCUUCCUCCCGCGUAGUAGCCUGGCGGAGCCACGUUCCUCCGCGCACUGUGCUCUCCCCCUCCCGGGCUCUCCUAGAAGGUUAUUUGUAGCCUCUUUGGCGUGUCGGGACAGCGGCCCUACUGGGGUAGGAAUGUAGCUGCUCUUCCCACCACAUGGGCCCCUUAAAGGGACAGCUAUGCUUUUUGGGGGGUUUCCCCCUUCGGGCUGCAAGAGAAGGGGAUGGAACUUUCCUCUCGGCCCCCUGGAGGAAGUUUUGAAAAAGAUCAAGGGAAAUGGCACGGCACUGGGAAAAAAAGAAAAAAGAAAAAAAAAAAAAAAAGGCUAAAACGGAUACCAACAAAGCCAGAGAGGAGAUUGUCGCCUUCUGCCCUAGGGAAAGUGGAGCUGGAAGGUUCUGGGCUGAGACUGGCCAAGAGGAUUUUAUUGCUCCAGAGCUGUCAAAACUGCGUACACUCAUCUGCACUGAGAAUGGAGGCCUAGCCAGCAGCCCUGAGUGUGCUUGUGGUCGGAGCCACUUCACGUGUGCAGUGAGCGCCCUCGGCGAGUGUACCUGCAUCCCUGCACAGUGGCAGUGUGAUGGGGACAAUGACUGCGGGGACCACAGCGAUGAGGAUGGAUGUAUGCUGCCCACCUGUUCUCCUCUUGACUUUCACUGUGACAAUGGCAAGUGCAUCCGCCGCUCCUGGGUGUGUGAUGGCGACAACGACUGUGAGGAUGACUCAGAUGAGCAGGACUGUCCCCCCCGGGAGUGUGAGGAGGAUGAGUUCCCCUGCCAGAAUGGCUACUGCAUCCGGAGCCUGUGGCACUGCGACGGGGACAAUGACUGCGGUGACAACAGUGAUGAGCAGUGUGACAUGCGCAAGUGCUCUGACAAGGAAUUCCGCUGCAGUGACGGAAGCUGCAUCGCCGAGCACUGGUACUGUGACGGCGACACCGACUGCAAAGAUGGCUCUGACGAGGAGAGCUGUCCCUCAGCAGUGCCAGCGCCUCCCUGCAACCUGGAGGAGUUCCAGUGUGCCUACGGCCGCUGCAUCCUCGAUAUCUACCACUGUGAUGGUGAUGAUGACUGCGGAGACUGGUCAGACGAGUCUGACUGCUCGUCCCACCAGCCCUGCCGCUCGGGGGAGUUCAUGUGUGACAGUGGCCUGUGCAUCAAUGCAGGCUGGCGCUGUGAUGGCGACGCGGACUGUGAUGACCAAUCUGAUGAGCGCAAUUGCACCACCUCCAUGUGUACAGCAGAACAGUUCCGCUGUCGGUCAGGUCGCUGCGUCCGCCUGUCCUGGCGCUGUGAUGGGGAGGAUGACUGUGCAGACAACAGUGAUGAAGAGAACUGUGAGAACACAGGAAGCCCCCAGUGUGCCUCGGAUCAGUUCCUGUGCUGGAACGGGCGUUGCAUUGGGCAGAGGAAGCUGUGCAAUGGAGUUAACGACUGUGGAGACAACAGUGACGAAAGCCCACAGCAGAACUGCCGGCCCCGGACGGGUGAGGAGAACUGCAAUGUUAACAACGGUGGCUGCGCCCAGAAGUGCCAGAUGGUGCGGGGGGCGGUGCAGUGUACCUGCCACACAGGCUAUCGUCUCACCGAGGAUGGACACAUGUGCCAAGAUGUGAAUGAAUGUGCGGAAGAGGGGUACUGCAGCCAGGGGUGCACCAACAGCGAAGGGGCCUUCCAGUGCUGGUGUGAAGCAGGCUACGAGCUCCGGCCCGACCGGCGCAGCUGCAAGGCUCUGGGGCCGGAGCCUGUGCUACUAUUCGCCAAUCGCAUCGACAUCCGGCAGGUGCUGCCGCACCGCUCUGAGUACACGUUGUUGCUCAACAACCUGGAGAAUGCCAUUGCCCUGGAUUUUCACCACCGGCGCGAGCUUGUCUUCUGGUCAGACGUCACCCUGGACCGGAUCCUCCGUGCCAACCUCAAUGGCAGCAAUGUGGAGGAGGUUGUGUCUACAGGGCUCGAGAGCCCAGGGGGCCUGGCUGUGGAUUGGGUCCAUGACAAACUCUAUUGGACCGACUCAGGGACAUCAAGAAUUGAGGUGGCCAACCUGGAUGGGGCCCAUCGGAAGGUGCUGCUAUGGCAAAACCUUGAGAAGCCCCGGGCUAUUGCCUUGCACCCCAUGGAGGGUACCAUUUACUGGACAGACUGGGGCAAUACCCCCCGCAUUGAGGCCUCCAGCAUGGAUGGCUCUGGACGCCGUAUCAUCGCUGACACUCAUCUCUUCUGGCCCAAUGGCCUCACCAUUGACUAUGCUGGGCAUCGUAUGUACUGGGUAGAUGCUAAGCACCAUGUCAUCGAGAGGGCCAAUCUGGAUGGAAGUCACCGCAAGGCUGUCAUUAGCCAGGGCCUCCCCCAUCCCUUUGCCAUCACUGUGUUUGAAGACAGCCUAUACUGGACAGACUGGCACACCAAGAGCAUCAAUAGUGCUAACAAAUUUACCGGCAAGAACCAGGAGAUCAUUCGCAACAAACUCCAUUUCCCUAUGGACAUCCACACCUUGCACCCCCAGCGCCAGCCUGCAGGGAAGAACCGCUGUGGGAACAACAAUGGAGGCUGUACCCACCUGUGUCUGCCCAGUGGCCAGAACUAUACCUGUGCCUGCCCCACUGGCUUCCGCAAGAUCAGCAGCCACGCCUGUGCUCAGAGUCUUGACAAGUUCCUGCUUUUUGCCCGAAGGAUGGACAUCCGUCGAAUCAGCUUCGACACAGAGGACCUGUCCGAUGAUGUCAUCCCACUGGCUGACGUGCGCAGUGCUGUGGCCCUUGACUGGGACUCCCGGGAUGACCACGUGUACUGGACAGAUGUCAGCAGUGACACCAUCAGCAGGGCCAAGUGGGAUGGAACAGGACAGGAGGUGGUAGUAGAUACCAGUUUGGAGAGUCCAGCAGGCCUAGCCAUUGAUUGGGUCACCAACAAGUUAUACUGGACAGAUGCAGGUACAGACCGGAUUGAAGUAGCUAACACAGAUGGCAGCAUGAGGACAGUUCUCAUCUGGGAGAACCUUGAUCGUCCCCGGGAUAUCGUAGUGGAACCCAUGGGCGGGUACAUGUAUUGGACUGACUGGGGUGCAAGCCCCAAAAUUGAACGAGCUGGCAUGGAUGCCUCAAGUCGCCAGGUCAUCAUCUCUUCCAAUCUGACCUGGCCUAAUGGAUUAGCCAUUGACUAUGGGUCUCAGAGGCUUUACUGGGCAGAUGCUGGCAUGAAGACGAUUGAAUUUGCCGGUCUGGAUGGCAGCAAGAGGAAGGUGCUGAUCGGAAGCCAGCUCCCCCACCCUUUUGGGCUGACCCUGUAUGGAGAGCGCAUCUAUUGGACUGACUGGCAGACCAAGAGUAUACAGAGCGCUGACCGACUGACGGGGCUAGACCGGGAGACCCUGCAGGAGAACUUGGAGAACCUUAUGGACAUCCACGUCUUCCACCGCCGGCGGCCCCCAGUGUCCACACCAUGUGCCAGGGAGAAUGGAGGCUGCAGCCAUUUGUGUCUCCGGUCCCCAAAUCCGAGUGGCUUCAGCUGUACCUGCCCCACGGGUAUCAACCUGAUGCCUGAUGGCAAAACCUGCUCACCAGGCAUGAAUAGUUUCCUCAUCUUCGCCAGGAGAAUAGACAUUCGCAUGGUCUCCUUGGACAUCCCUUAUUUUGCCGAUGUGGUGGUACCUAUCAACAUUACCAUGAAGAACACUAUUGCCAUUGGAGUAGAUCCUCAAGAAGGAAAGGUGUACUGGUCAGACAGUACACUGCACAGCAUCAGCCGUGCCAAUCUGGAUGGCUCACAGCACGAGGACAUCAUCACCACAGGGCUGCAAACCACAGAUGGGCUCGCAGUGGAUGCCAUCGGCCGGAAAGUGUACUGGACAGACACGGGAACCAACCGGAUUGAAGUGGGCAACUUGGAUGGGUCCAUGAGGAAGGUGUUGGUGUGGGAGAACCUUGACAGCCCACGGGCCAUCGUGCUGUACCAUGAGAUGGGGUUCAUGUACUGGACAGACUGGGGGGAGAACGCAAAGCUAGAGCGGUCUGGAAUGGAUGGCUCAGACCGGACUGUGCUCAUCAGCAACAACCUCGGAUGGCCCAACGGGCUGACCGUGGACAAGGCCAGUUCCCAAUUGCUCUGGGCUGAUGCCCAUACUGAGCGAAUUGAAGCUGCUGACCUGAAUGGUGGCAGUCGGCACACACUGGUGUCACCUGUGCAGCACCCAUAUGGCCUCACCCUGCUUGACUCCUAUAUCUACUGGACUGACUGGCAGACCCGUAGCAUCCACCGUGCUGACAAGGGAACUGGCAGCAAUGUCAUCCUGGUGAGGUCCAACCUGCCGGGCCUCAUGGACAUCCAGGCUGUGGACCGGGCACAGCCACUGGGUUUUAACAAGUGUGGCUCUAGAAAUGGCGGCUGCUCCCACCUCUGCUUGCCUCGGCCCUCAGGCUUUUCCUGCGCCUGCCCCACUGGCAUCCAGCUGAAGGGAGAUGGGAAGACCUGCGAUCCCUCUCCCGAGACCUACUUGCUCUUCUCCAGCCGUGGCUCCAUCCGGCGUAUCUCGCUGGACACUAGCGACCACACAGAUGUGCACAUCCCUGUUCCUGAGCUAAACAAUGUCAUCUCCCUGGACUACGACAGUGUGGAUGGAAAGGUCUAUUAUACGGAUGUGUUCCUGGAUGUUAUCAGGCGAGCGGAUCUGAAUGGCAGCAACAUGGAAACAGUGAUCGGGCGUGGGCUGAAGACCACCGAUGGGCUGGCAGUAGACUGGGUGGCCAGGAAUCUGUACUGGACAGAUACAGGUCGAAAUACCAUUGAAGCAUCAAGGCUAGAUGGUUCCUGCCGCAAGGUGCUGAUCAACAACAGCCUGGAUGAGCCUCGGGCCAUUGCUGUUUUUCCCCGGAAGGGGUACCUCUUCUGGACGGAUUGGGGCCACAUUGCCAAGAUUGAGCGGGCAAAUUUGGACGGCUCUGAGCGGAAGGUCCUCAUCAAUACAGACCUGGGUUGGCCCAAUGGCCUUACCCUGGACUAUGAUACCCGCAGGAUCUAUUGGGUAGAUGCACAUCUGGACCGGAUUGAGAGCGCUGACCUCAAUGGGAAGCUACGGCAGGUGUUACUCAGCCAUGUCUCCCACCCCUUUGCUCUCACCCAGCAGGACAGGUGGAUCUACUGGACAGACUGGCAGACCAAGUCAAUCCAGCGUGUUGACAAGUACUCAGGCCGCAACAAGGAGACAGUGUUGGCGAAUGUAGAAGGGCUCAUGGAUAUCAUUGUGGUUUCUCCCCAACGACAGACAGGGACCAAUGCCUGUGGUGUGAACAAUGGAGGCUGCACCCACCUCUGCUUUGCCAGAGCCUCAGACUUUGUAUGUGCAUGUCCUGAUGAGCCAGAUGGCCGGCCCUGCUCCCUUGUACCUGGUGUAGUGCCCCCAGCUCCCAGGGCUACCAGCAUAAGUGAAAGGAGCCCAGUGCUACCCAACACACUGCCUACCACCUUGCAUUCCUCUACCACACAGACCCGCACAUCUCUGGAGGAGGUUGAAGGAAGAUGCUCUGAAAAGGAUGCCCAGCUGGGCCUCUGUGCACAUUCCAAUGAGGCUGUACCUGCUGCUCCAGGGGAAGGACUUCAUGUCAGCUACGUCAUUGGUGGACUCCUCAGUAUUCUGCUGAUUUUGGUGGUGAUCGCAGCUUUGAUGCUAUACAGACACAAAAAAUCCAAGUUAACUGAUCCUGGAAUGGGGAACCUGACCUACAGCAACCCCUCCUACCGAACUUCCACUCAGGAAGUGAAAAUUGAAGCAAUCCCCAAACCAGCCAUGUACAAUCAACUGUGCUAUAAGAAAGAGGGCGGGACUGACCAUAACUACACCAAGGAGAAGAUCAAGAUCGUAGAGGGAAUCUGCCUUCUGUCUGGGGAUGAUGCUGAGUGGGAUGACCUCAAGCAACUGCGCAGCUCACGGGGGGGCCUUCUGCGGGAUCAUGUAUGCAUGAAGACAGACACAGUGUCUAUCCAGGCCAGCUCGGGCUCCCUGGAUGAUACGGAGACGGAGCAGCUGUUGCAGGAAGAGCAGUCUGAGUGUAGCAGUGUCCAUACCGCAGCUACUCCAGAAAGACGGGGCUCUCUGCCAGACACAGGCUGGAAACAUGAACGCAAGCUCUCCUCAGAGAGCCAGGUCUAAAUGCCCAUGUCUCUUCCCUCCCUGCCUGUUCCUUCUCCUUUAUGGACUUCCAGUCCUUGUGCUCACUUAUACAACAGGCCCCCCAACCUAUGUGCUCGUCCUUCUCCCUCCCCCCAAAAAACUGCUCCUGAGACCUCCAACGGGAGCUGUUUCCACCUGAGUCCGUAACUACCUGUGCACAAGAAGUGAUGGUGCAUCCCGAAAACGUAGACCUGGAUUUUACCACGAACCUCACCUCUUGCACUCCAUCCUGAGCCUCUGAAACUAGGCUUGGUAAUGAUUCCUCAUCAGUACAGAGCUCCACGUCCCCUUUCCCUGGUACCCUGCCCCACGAGAACGGAUGAUCCCCAAGACUUCACUCUCCCCUGUCAGAGCUGGCCUGGCCGCUUCUCUGAGAGAACUUGCCCAUCAAGUUCUGCUGGGGCAGGGGUCAAGGGUAGAGAGAGCGAUGAAGGAUAGAGGCUGAGAAAGGAAGAAGUAAGCCCAGCUGGUAUGGGCGUCUCAGAAGCCUCCAGCCUCAAGUGCAUUGGUAAUAUGAGAAAGCUUUUAAGGGUUGUUGGGCUGCAUGUCCUGUCCAUUGCUGGCAAUGGAUAUUAUUCUUGCCCUAAGAGCUACUGUUUUUUUUUUUUUUUUUUUCAGCUGCCAGUAUUGGUGAGAUCUGGGUGUGGCUCAAGCUGUUCUUCCUCCUUCUAGAGUAUCUAGAAGCUUUUCUACCUUCCGAUGACAGAGCCCUUAUCGCAUGGCAGCUGGCUAAUAUGAAUUCCCCCAUGGGUGCCACCACUGGCCAGUACCCUUAUGUUUUUGACUCUAAGUAUAACCAGGUUGUGAACAGGGCCCUGAGGAAUGUGGGGCCCCAAGCGCUGAGCCCCUGCAGGGUCUAACCAGCGCCACUUAGACCAAAAGUAGCACAUCAGCACAUCACCUGAACCUUAACGUUCUGCCCCUCUCUCCCCACUCAUUGUCGGGGAUUCUAAGCAUAGAGGUCCUGAAACAACUUUUCAAAGAAGGGCCAGAAGUUUUCACAAAUGGUCAGGAAGAGAGAUUGGGUUGUAGACUUGGGGUGCACAGGGCCUCAAGGGAAGUAUCCAUGAGGUUGAACUUCCUGUGUUCUCUCUCAAGUGCUCAGGGAUCUAAGUUAAGGACAGAGAACCUGUGGCUCUAGGGGUGGUGAUCUUCCCAUUCCAACCCUCUUCCCAGCUAAGUGACUGACUUUCCAGGCUGUGAUGCCAUUACUUGGUUCAUACUCGUUCACAGAAAGAGCAUGUCUCAUGCUAGUAUCAGGGGAGUGGAGGCUUUUUUUUCUGCCCUAAACCUUCUAUAUAGCCCCCUCCUUCAUCCCCCCCCCCCCACACACACUGCCUAGUUUGCUUUUUCUGACGUAGGCUUGGGGUGGUGAGGAGGACCACAUUAAGACGCAAAGUAGGGGGAAGGAAUAGAAAGGUACGACCAUUCAUGAAGCCCUCUCAGCCUAGGGCAGAUCCAGACCCUUCUCCCCAGGAAUUAGAAGCAGCAAAGGGGAAAACAAUGGGCUGAGAAUAGAGGCAGGGCUUCUAGGGGAAGUUUCCUGACUUGAAAACUUUCCUGUGGUUGUUGGUAUUGAGAAAUCCACUGCCACACAUGUCGGUGAAAACAAUUAAAAGCAAAGCUUUUCUGGUCAGUUCUAAGGCUGCUAGAGACAGGUGCCAAGCCUUUAGCCCUGCUGGUAGUAGCUAACCCAGGUCUGGACCUACACAGGACAGCCUGGCCAGGCCAGCAAGUCUUUUCCAGUACACACAAUGGGAGAGGCGAGGUGCCAUUUAGGUGAAGAAAGGGAGACAUUUCACACUUAACGGGGCAGUAAAAAAAGGAGCACUUUGGGUCCUCAGACUCACGGUUGAGGAUGGAGAGAAAAUAGAAAAGUGGCAUUUUCUUGAUUGGAAAGGGGGAAGGAUCUUAUUGCACUUGGGCUGUUCAGAAUGUAGAAAAGACAUAUUUGAAGAAAUAUCUAUUUGAGCACUGAUUCACUAUGUAAAAAAGCAAAACCUCUCUGUCCUAAACUAAUGGAAGUGAUUCUCCCGCGCUCAUGUGUAAUGGUUUUAACGUUACUCACUGGAGAGAUUGGACUUUCUGGAGUUAUUUAACCACUAUGUUCAGUAUUUUAGGACUUUAUGAUAAUUUAAUAUAAAUUUAGCUUUUCUUAAUCACCGUGCCUGGCUUGGAGUCAUGACUAAUAACUGCACCUGCUCUGUCCGGCAGACCCAUGCUUUUGAAAACCUUCUUGAGACACAUCACCUCUGUGUCCUUCGGGGAUGUGAGGAUGAUGAAGAGCAAUAAAAGGUGUAAGGUUCAGCUCAUCUUGAGAAGACCGGUCAAGACCAGAGUUCAUUGGCUUGUGAAAUCCUUAUUUCCUCUAGAACAGAGAUACCAGAUAGGUUUCAUCUCAAGGGCCAACUCCGGUUGGUUGGUAGUGGCUGCCUGAUGUCCUGUUGAGAUUCAAUGGGGAAAGUGUCAAGAUUGUUAGUGACAUCUCCUUCAGGCACUGGAAGAAAGUGUCAUGGCAUAUAUACCUACAUCUUUUAUCUCUGUUCUAGGUUUAUAAGGACCUCAUUGUCACAGAACUUGACUUUGCCUUGCCAUGAUAAUCACUGGCAAGUACUAGGGACAAGGAGGGUUCAUCACAGGCCCCAAUCCGCUCCUAGCUAUUUUUGAUCUUAGGGUUUACAGUGAUUCUGACAACAGAUCUAAUCAAUAUUAUGAUUCCUUUUGUUUGUUUGUUUUCCUUUUAUUUUAAAAAAGCUGCCUUCUGAUACUUUAUAUACUACAUCUCAAGGCUAGGACAGUGAGUUGGGGAUCCCUUCUCAGGUUCUCUGGAUGUAACACCUCUCAAUGAUAAUUGGGAAUCAUGGAAAUCUCAGUGCCAGAUGGAGAAUACUAUGUCAAAGAUCAGUAGCUGAUUUUCUAAACCACAAGCCUUUUAUAGAAUAAUGCUUCUAUGAAUUCCCUCAUCUCUUGCUGGGGGCCAAGUCCUGCUCCAUGCCUGAGCACAGAUCUUAGAAUCUAGCAACAGCCUCCAUGCCCACCCUAUGCCCCCAACCUCCAAAAAAAGAAAGGAAAAGCAAGAAAGACUGAAGCCUCUUGUAUUUAAAUAACAAGAAAGCUGAGGGUAAUUUAUAGUGUAUAAUUCUUCCAAUUUUGGUGGGAAAUAUGUGUACUAGAACAGGAACAAAUGGAAUAGCUCAAGGACAACCAUCCCCUUAACUCCACCAUUCUUUUUUUGAAAAAACUCACACCAGAAAAAAAAAAAAAAAAAGGACAUUUGAAGCAAUGAAAUCCAGACUAAUGCAUAAGCCUAUAUACCUGUAGAAAGUACCCCCUCCCAAAGGCUCAAGGUUACUGGCCACCCCAUGAACAAUAACCACCAAAGUUGCAAACUCAGGAAUAACUUUUCAAAUGAGAAGAAAAAAUGAAUAUAUUAAGCACACACCAUUUGCUCUAAAGACUGGGAAAUGUUUCUGGGAGAACAGUUUGGUGAAUGUAUUUUGACACCUUGUGACCACAGGAGCCAGUAUAAUCAGGUAUUCAACACUGCCUGAACCAUAAAGGUCUUGCUAACCUGCAACUGUCCUGUCACGUUAGCAGGAAAUGGGAGAGGAAAAGGAGGCUGGGCCUGAUGGCCCAGGUGUUGAUAAGAAUCUGGAGUGGGGCGAUGGGACUUAAGCAAAGGGUCAAGGAUUUAGCACCCUGUUUUCAGGUUAUGAGCUGGCUUAUACUUCCCUGAUUAGUAAAAUGAAAAGGAUAAGGCAAAUGAUUGCUAAGGUAAUUUCUAGCCUGAAACUUGUUUUUAUGUUCCAGGAAAUCCUGGGGAUAAAACAAGAGUCGAGAAUUCCUUGUCUGGUUCUCUGGAUAUAAAACCUGAAACCAAUGAGUAGGGAGAUGGUUGGUCAAAUUCUAACAAACUGGACAUAUUUUUACAGGCUAAUUACGUUCAAAAUGUAGUCCCUGUCCUUUCUAAAUUGCAUGAACAAAUAAGGGAACCUAAGGUAAAAACGUCUCUGUGGCCCAUAGAGAGGUCUCCAAGGCAUGAAUUGAAGCUUUCACCAAACUUAGACCUACAGAAAACAAAGUGCUGCAGAGGAACUUAGAAAAAGCAUCUAUGAGAGUUGAGGGUACACAAGAUUCUAAGUGUAAUGCACUGAACUUCAAGAACAUAAACUUCAGUUAUUUCUACUUAUGGACAUAAUGAAAAAUGUCGUUGAACCCUUUUUAUAGCUAAGAAAUUGUAUGUCUUUUCUUCAUAUGUGAAGGUGACUCAACUGAUCCAUUUAAUAGGAUGUGUAUCUGGGGAUGUUUCAGGCAGCCUUUGUUUUGUAACAUUCCCUCACUCGCCCAUUUAUUUUCUCUCUAGAUCAUUCUCCCAUUAAGCAGCUGGCAGAGGCUAAGCAGAGCUCCACAUAGGGAACAGAGUUUUAUUUCCAGUCAAGGUUCCAACUCACAAUUUUGGACUCCUUGACAUGAUGUUAAAACAGAUCCAGACAGCCUAAUUAGGGGUCUGAGUUUAAACCCAAGGUUAGAGUUAGCCCCAAGCUACGCAAUCUGCCUAUUUCGUUUUACAAGACACAAAGAGACAAGAACUCUCACUUAUCUGGUCCUUCUCAGUGGUUUUCCCUCCUGCCCCUAAAAGCCUGUUGACAGCCUGCUAAUGAGGCCCCUAUCUCUCCCUCUGCCUCCUUCCUCUUUGGUGGAGCUGAUGCUUCUGUGGUCAGAGUUCUUGAACAGCCUGCAUUUGGGGGGCUGUGGGAGAAUGGAUUAUGAGAAAAGGGUUAUUCAUUCUUUCAUUCAAUCACCUAUUAAAUGCAACCAGUACAAUAUGGAAGAAGCUAGGAGGCCAGUAAAGGCAGAAAAACCCACAGCCAUUUGAGGCCUGUGUUAAUGUCACCACUGCUUUCUCCAGGGAAUAAUGCACGAGGUACCUGGACCGAGUGUUGAGAGGAAGCUAAUCACUGAAGCUGCUCCUCUUAGACUGAAAUAUGGAUCCAUGUCCCAUUGCAGAGCUUUCUCUCCCAGAAUGCCAUUUGUGAUUAUGAUGGAAUGAGCACUGUCCCCACCCUAGCAUGCUUUUCAGAAAUGCUCAGCACAGUUAUUCAGCAAACACAAUGUUUGACAUUUGUUUACUGCUUCCACUUGCAAUAAUAGUGUGUUCACCUUGAUCUCUAAUGCGUAGAAGGGUUUCAUUGUCCCAUUAAUACUUUCCUUAUGUAGAACUACUGAAAGGUCCUUGGAAUAAAGUAAGCACAUGUCACUCUGAUAAUACAUAGAUAAAAGCUAUUUGGUGAUAAUCAUGAACUGCAAAAGAUGACUGGUCAAACAUUUAUUGAACACUUACUAUGGAUCAAGGUAUUAUGUUAGGUUUCCACAAGGCCCUACAGGAUCUGCCACUCCUUGCCCUCCAUUAUCUAUUGGACCUCAUCUCCUACUAUCCUCCUACUGCCAACUACUCUGCUUCAGCUAUACUGGCCUCCCUGUUUCUCUAACCUGAGAGGCAUGCUCCCAAUUUAGAGUCUCUGCAUAGCCGGUCCCCCUGGCUGGCACUUCCUGUAGAUAAACUCAUGGCUAACUCCUUCACCUAGUGUUUGCUUAAAGGUAAACUUCUUAAUGAAACCUACUCUGAUCAUCCUUUAUAAAAUUAAUGUCUAACUCUACUUCCCAAUCCCUUUUACUGAUUUUUUUCUUUUCACAUUGCACACAUUGUCUAAUUACAUACUAUAUAAUUUAUUUAUGUGUUGAUUGUCUAUGCUUUUUUCAGUAUAAUGUGAGUGCCACAAGAGAGGGAUUUGUGUGUAUGUGUGUGUGUGUGUGUGUGUUGUGCACUGCUUAUCCCAAAUGCCUAGAACAGUCCCUGCACAUAUUAGGUGCUCAAUAAAUAUUUGUUGAAUGAAUGAACAAAUAAAAGAAUGAAAUCAGACAUCUAAUGCCCACCUUCUAGUAGGGCUACAUAAACCAUGUAAGACAAAAAGGGGUUUGCCAUUUUGUUCUAAAGCUCUCCAGGAUCCAGACUCCAUACAUCCUUUAUAGAGCAAAUUCCAGUUUACCAUCACACUCUCCUUAUAAAUGUAAUCUUCAUUUUCCAUAAUAUUUAAAUAAAAUAAACAUGCCAAUGA